CAGUUUGUUGAAAAAAUUAAGCAUUAAAAGUGUCAGCACAUAUUGGAUUGGACCGUUAGUAGCAUUUUAGGUGUUAAAUUAAGAGGAAGCAGCAUUCGAUUGAUUAUUAUAUGUGCAUCAUGUCGAAGACGAGGUCGUUGUUCACGUGGAUGGUGUGUCUAUUGGUUGUAACAUACCAAGCACAAGCAUUACCGCAAGAAGUCCAAUGUACAAUUACCGUUGCUGAGCCGACAACUUGUUACAUUGCAACACCAAUCUAUUUACUGCCCGGUUACACGUUGAGCAUCGUCAAUAGCAGUGAAUUGGUGAAUGUAACACGUUUUGAAUUGAGAGCAAUGACCAAUUUGGAUCACAUUCCGCCGAUUAUUUGGGCCGUUUUUCCGAAUUUACAGGAAAUCGUGAUGGCUAAUUAUGCAUCAGUGGCUACGUUAACAGCCACCGAUUUGUUGUACGCAUCAAAUCUAAAGCUGCUCAAUUUAAAAGGAAAUAAACUAACAACAAUCCCUUAUUCGGCAUUUGCAUUGGCCAAAUCACUUGAAGAGUUAGAUUUAUCCGGAAAUCUCAUUGCCACCAUUGAUAGUAUGGCAUUCAAUGGUUUGAGUAAUUUGAAACGGCUCGAUUUGUCGUUCAAUCGUUUGGCUUUGAUCGAUGCAUUCACAUUUUAUGGUUUACCGAAUUUGUUGAUGCUCGAUUUGAAUCACAACAAAAUCAAAACGAUUGGCGAUGGUACAUUCAAUUUGCCAAAACUUCAAAUUUUAAACUGUAAUUAUAACGAUGUAAAAUUGCUCCCAGACCAUUUAUUCGGCCUACUCCCAAAACAAUCACCGCCAUUGACCUAUGUUGAUUUCGGUGAAAAUAAACUAACUCACAUCGGUGCAUCGUUGUAUUCUUUAAACGAAUUGAAAUUUCUGAAUUUAACAUCAAAUAAAAAAAUCGACGACAUCAAUUUGGAAGCGUUGGCACAAUUACCGAAGCUUGAAAUAUUGUUGCUAACGAAUAGCGGUUUCAAAUUUCCAACACCGAUUUCAGCAUUAACUGUUACACCGCCCGAAGCCGCUGCCAGUAUACCAAUGCCAACAUCAAAUUCACCAUUGCGAGAACUCUAUAUCGGUAAAAAUAAACUCGCCAAUCCAGAUGUACUUCGACAACUAGCAUACUUUCGUCAAUUGGAAGUGCUAAGUUUGGAGGAGAAUCAAUUCACCAUUAUCGAAUAUAUUAAUUCAUUGCCCACUUGGUUCCCAAAUUUGCGUACCAUCUAUCUUGGUGAAAAUAAACUGAACUGUGCCUGGCUCAACGAUUCAAUUCCAGUAUUCCAGGCAGCCAAUAUACAAGUUUAUUCCAUCAAGAAAGUUAAAACUUGGUACGGAACCAGUUAUCAACAAAAACUGAUCGAUAUGGAUGAUUGCGUCGAUCUCGCAAAAAUUUUCAGCACUAUUUUAUCGUGGUUGAAUAAAUUCAGUGUAGCAGCAAAUUAAUAUCAAGAGAGAAAUAUCCAAUAAAAUUUGCAAUUCAAUGCAUAGUAACCAAUAUA